AUGAUUUUGCGAGAUUUGAAGGUUCUGGUCCAUGACUGCAUCGUGCCUGAUCAAUACUAUGGAGGGAAGUGGUCUCCAAAAACGCUUUACGCGCUGAGUCCCAUGAGCAUUCACAUUAUGGGCAAGACCAAAGUGGGCAUUGUUCCGCCAGAUCCUGACAAGGCCGAUUUCAGACUUGACCCGAACCAGUUUCGGUUCGAUGAACCCGAGUUCAAUCUGGAUUGCAACCACUCCGUGGAAACAUUUCCAAACGCAUGCGGUGGAUUUAUGGAAAUAUCAUACAAGCGUGGCGAAGAGCAUUGGACUACCAGGACUUUCGGCGUUGCCUUGUUUGUCUACAGCAGCUACACUGAUGGCAAAACCCGUGAGAUCGUACAUGCCAAAUUCUUGUACGAAGAAGGCAAAGAUAAUAUCUGGCAUGAAUGCAGUGCAGAGACCAAAUUCCUCUCAGGGGAGUGUUUUGGCAUGAGCACGACUCGUGAGCCCCGGGUCCCCGAAGACCCUCCGGUGCUCUCCAUGGGGGGGCGGGAGAAGUGGAAACCCAUUCAUGUGGUGCAACCGCCACCAACCCCAGAACCAACUCCGGCUCCAACUCCAGCUGGAGGAGGUGGUGCUGGGACCGUGAUUUUGAUUUUGCUCAUCUUGGCCCUGAUUGGUGGUGCUGCUGCUUUCUUCCUCAGGCGGCAGAGAUUGAUGCAAGAAGAACAGUCUCUUCGCAACGCCAGGGAAGUGGAGUUGAACUGA